AGAGUGGUGUGUGUGCGGUGCGGAAGGUGCGCGGGGUGCGGCGGUGAGUGCAGAGUGUGCGGUGCAGGGUGUGUGCGGUGCGGGGUGUGUGCAGUGCGCGGUGGGCGGUGCGCGGUGUCCAGCGCAGAAGUCGGAGGAGCCGCUGCUGCCCCUCGGGACCGGGCACGGUCGGGAACAAACACGGCCGGGCAGUGCGAGUGUCACAGACAGACCUGUCUGAUUUGGAAGUGGAAUGUUGGUUUCUAUUCAGAAUUCACAUCGUUGCUGGAAAGACAUCUUUGGAUUUGUUUAGAGCGGAAGGUGACGUUUCUGCAUUGGGAAGAAGUUCCUGCGACAGCAGCACAGGAUGGUCAGGCAGCCUGCCUGAGCCCAGAGCUCACCUGUGAAGUUCUUGCUCUUCCUGCUGUGUGAGAGAGUGUGUGGUCCCAAAUCAGCCCCUUUCUGACACACCAUUGGUAUUGCUCCUCAGCAUGGAAAACUGGGGUCAACCUACCAUGCCUUGCUCACUGCUCCAGCCAUCCAAGUCACAGGUGACAGGGUUUCUUGAGGAGUUUGACCGUUACUCUUCCAUGGCCAAACUCAUGUCCAUCUACCACGCGACAAACAGGAGCAUCUUCAACUGGACAGAGAGCCGCAUUGUUGAGUGGGAGAAAUUUGCUGAGCUGGCUAAAUAUGAGCCAGAAUCCCAGAAGCCAACAGUGAAAGCGCUGCUGAUCGUGGCCUACUCGGUCAUUAUCGUCAUGUCUCUCUUUGGGAACAUGCUGGUGUGCCACGUGGUGCUGAAGAACAAGAGGAUGCACUCAGCCACCAGCCUCUUCAUCGUCAACCUGGCAGUGUCAGACAUCAUGAUCACGCUGCUCAACACACCUUUCACCUUGGUCCGCUUUGUGAACAGCACGUGGAUCUUUGGGAAGGCCAUGUGCCACAUCAGCCGCUUUGUGCAGUACUGCUCCCUGCACGUGUCCACGCUGACCCUGACGGCCAUCGCCCUCGACAGGCACCAGGUCAUCCUGAACCCACUGAAGCAGAGGAUGUCCCUGACAAAGGGAGCUCUGAGCAUCUCUGUCAUCUGGCUGAUGGCAACCUGUUUCUCCCUGCCCCAUGCUGUCUAUCAAAAGCUUUUCCAGUAUAACUACAGGGAAGCCACCGUCCGGAGUCUGUGCCUCCCUGACUUCCCUGAGCCUGCAGAGUUGGUCUGGAAGUAUCUGGACCUGUCUACCUUCCUCCUUCUUUACCUCCUGCCCCUGCUGAUCAUCACCGUCACCUACCUGCGCCUGGCCAAGAAGCUGUGGCUGCGCAACGCCAUCGGGGACGUCACCACGCAGCAGUACGUCACCCACCACAGGAACAAGAAGAAGAGCAUCAAGAUGCUGAUGCUGGUGGUGGUGGUCUUUGCAGUCUGCUGGUUCCCCCUGAACUGCUACGUGGUGCUGAUCUCCAGCCUGGGCAUCAGGACCAAGAACUCGCUCUAUUUUGCUCUGCACUGGUUCGCCAUGAGCAGCACCUGCUACAACCCCUUCAUCUACUGCUGGCUGAACGAGAGCUUCCGCGCGGGGCUGCGCUCCCUGCUCUGCAUCUGCCACAGGGUGCCCCAGCCCCGGGAGCAGGCGCUGCCCCCCAGGGCCCUGUCCUGCCGUGAGGCGUGGCUGGAGCAGGCCAGGUGCAGGAAGGGACCGGCCUGCCAGGCCAGCUGCUCCGCCAGGAACCUCCCGAUGGCCAGCACGGACCUGUGAGCUGGGGGAGUCACCUGGUGUGGGAGGCACCAAAGGGCAUCUCCCAGGCUCUCCUCAGGAGCCAGCAUGGCUGCUCUGUUGUUUUACUGCUGAUUUUUUGGCUUGUCUUACUAUAGCCCCUCCUCUGCUUGGCAUGGUGGGCACACAGCCUCUCCAGCACCAGUAAAACCCACGCUGCAGCUGGCCCAGGGGGCAGGAAUAUGUACAGGGGACGUGGAGCUUCUCAGACAUCGUGAUCUGCUCUCAGGGUUUCCCAUUCAUUGCUAUCAGAGGGAGUGGACCCAGGUUUCUGUCACUGGCUGUAACACGUGCCAAAACGUGGGGCUCUGCACAGCAGCAGGAACAAAUCCAUGAUGACAGCUGUUUGAAGGAAGGACUUGGACAUACAGAUGAACUCCAUCCACAGGGAGCCUCACCAGUUAGUGUAUAGCAAAGCCUCCAGCAGAGUGGGAAGGAAAAGGACAGAAAGGAGGGGGAUCCUUGCUUCAGGCUUCACUUGACCCCAGCUGGGCACCUUGGGUGGGCACUGCAGUGCCUGCACCAGAAGAAAACAGCAGAACACAAGGAGUGGCAGCAGGAGUGGGUGAAUACUCUGUCCCUGAGGCACUUUGCUUGGAGCUCACCAUUAUUGAACAUGGGAAUUCAAAGCUGUCUGUGCUGGUUGCCAGCGCUGUGCUCCCUCAGUGUACACAAGGGUUUGUUUUCAGUCAAAAAACAUCACUGUGAGUUUCUCAAAAUGUUAAGAUAAUCUCUAAUUAAUAAGCAUCACCUCAUUUAAUUAGUUAAAGAAGCUAUAAUUUGUUUUUUUACUGUUCCUCACUAGCUUUUGGUGAGCAGCUGUCAAACUGCCAUGUACUUUCUUUAAUAUUUAUUAGGUUUGUUUUCCUUCCUUUCUUUCUUUAAAUGGCUGAAUAACCUUUUUCUGGAGGAGUCUAAGCCCUUACUCCAAAGAAGGGGUCUCUCCACACUCCCUGGAUCUUCUGCUAAUCCCUGUAGUUAUCUAUCUCUUGCUGUCAGAAAUAACCUGGCUGGUUUUCCUUGGAUCUGUCGAUCGCAGCAUCUCCUCAUUGCUGAAUUUUUCUCCCCUAAAUGGGCAGGAUGCAAGAGCUGACUGUAUCGAAUCUCUGUAAUGGCUCAGCUAUCUGGACUGAUAAUUAUCAAUGCCUGAGUGAGAUUCAGAGCUUCACACACUUCAUCCAGUGCCUCAAGGUUCCUGUGUCACUCGAGGAUGCCCUGACUCCCAGCAGCUCUCAGGCAAACACAGAAUGCACAAUAUAUAUAUAUAAAAAAGUAUAACUUGAGUGUUGUUUGAUCAGUGCCUGGAGGGCAGGAGGCUGCAUCUCUGCUGGACUCCAAGCCAGGCUCUGGAAAAGGGAAUCUCUGAAAUUCAGCUUCUGCUGGGUCUGAGUUAGCUCAGCACAUAAAUAGCUGCUUAAACAUUCCUUAUAAACAUUCCUCAAUCUGUCUCCAUCCCGCCGGGCACCUGUGGAAAUGUCAUCCUGAGCUGUGCUGGGAUCCCAGGAGAGCUCCCAGGGACAGGAGCAAGGCUGUGCUCAGCUCUGCCCAGACAGGGCUGCUGGGGCAGCACCACCAGAGCUCUUUGCUCCCUGCACACCAGCCUGGGACCCCAGAGGAGUGCAGGGUGCCAGGAGAACCCUCUGCCAUCAGGAGACCCCUCCCUAUUGAUGCAGGCAAAGCCCCCCGGGAGGCAGAACCGAGGGUGAGUUUGGAGGGCAAAUGACUGAAACACUGAGUCACCACAAGUCUACUCCCGGGGAAACUAUUUGAGCACACAGAAAUCAGCGUGCAAAGAUCCAGCGAGACAUGUCUGAGUGAUUAACAGCCCGAAUUUAUUAAGGUUAGCUCAUGCCAAAUGCAGCAGAGUUCCUUCAGCAGAGUUGCUGAUGAAGACGAUAACAGGGAGCGCAGCGCAGGGGAUACCUGAAUUCCAGAGACAAAUCCUCUUAUAUAGCCCCACCACAUAAUGAACAAAGAAACCACAACAUGCCAACUAGAUUAACAAAAAGCUAGCAGAAAAACCCCCACAAUGAGUCAGAAAAUUAGCUCAGGAAGGAGAAACAGAAUACAAUUAUCAUCACUUAGCUCUUCAAGUGGAAAACAGCACGGAGGGGCUGGCCAAAGCACGCUGCAGGGAUAAGGGGGAAUGUCCUCAGUUAAAUCCAGCUUGAGCCCUGAAUGUUGGGGUGUAGGUGGGUCAGAGUCAAACCAUCAUAACUCAGCAUCUUAGGUCAAUCACAGAGCAGGGGAGGAAGAGGGAGGAAGGAGCCUGGCCCUUACCUGGGAGCCUGGAUGUGAGGGCACACCCCGAAUUCCCGUGUGGGAGAGGAUGUGCAGCCGCCCUGUGCCCCAGGCAGCAGCCAAGGCUCUCCCUGGAGCAGGACACACAGCUCUGCUCUCUCACUGACUGUGGAGACAGCCUGCCUGCCCCCCAAGGAUGCCACCUGCCCCCACAGAGCCCACCUGCCCCCCAAAGGAUUCACCUGCCCCCCAAAGGAACUCACCUGUGCCCACAGACCCCGCCUGCUCUCCCCCGCUGCUCCUCCCUCCCCACCCCUGCUCUGCGGUGGGCAAAGGAACGUGUCUGAUCUCCCAGGCUUUGGAGCAGCCCAGGCAGGAGUAGCAGCAAGUGAGGACAGGUUUAGCACCAGGCACGGGCUGCAGACAGCGCUUGGUUUGCAGACUGAUGGCAUUUCACAGGCUGCCCUGUCCCACCAGUGCUCAGCAGAGAUCCCCACCCCAGUUCCAGGGUCUGCUCCCAAACUGCUCCCCUGAGGUGAUAUCAGAGCACUCCCAGAGCCUGGCUCAGUCCAGUCUGAGCUGAGCAGGUACAUUGGAGGUGUCCCCUUGCCCAGAUGUGCUGCAGAUGUUGGGGUUCUGCACUGCAGCAGGGCUGAUGUUCUUUGAGGUCCCUGAUGGGAUGGGGCAGGGGGCAGCAGCAGGAACCCAGGGCUGCUCUGAGCAGCCAGAGCAGGCAGAGGUGUGGGUGCUGUGCCUGGGGCUGUGCUGGAGCCAGCCCUCCCUCGGGAGCUCACAUGGAGCAGAUCAAAAGCACCUCUUGCCCCGCUCCCCAUCCCUGGUGUUUUGUUGUUGUUUGCCCUGGUAAUAAGGGCUGAAUUAAUGCACUUGGUCCUUGAUUGAUGUUUCACUCCCCCAGCAGCCCACGCUGGCUGAUGCUGCUCAGUUCAGUAGUGCCAAAUUGUAGAAGUGGAGAGCAGCUGUCACUUAGCCAGACGUGAGAAGGCAAAAAUAGUAAUAAACACCCUCAAAGCCACAGGCUGAGCUCUGCAGGAACCUGGUCUGCUUGUACAACAUAAUAUUCUGUCACUUGAAGAGACUUCUCCAUGGCAGGCCCAUAAAAGUCUCCUUGGCAGAUGAGACCAGACUAAUUGCUUUAUAAAAUCAGAUGAAUGGAGCAUCUAAUGCAUCUGCUGGAGACAAAGCCAAUUGCUUUAUGGGGCACUGUAAGGGGCAAGUACAGGGAGUGGCCCCAUUAAUGGAAUUCCUGCUCAUUACUUCACAAUUAAUGGGGCUUCAGAGCAUAUAAAGGUUUAGAUCCUCGAUAUCAUUCCCACAUGCUUGCAUUGCAUACAUCUGCAUCCCAUCCAUGCUGUGUCCUGCAGGCUGUGGGACCUUGGUGGUCUCCUGUUUCCAAAAUUUCCACCCUGCAGUUGGUGGAGCUGACAGCAACAACAGGGAUUUUCAAAGCCUCAUUUUGACCAUUUCUUCCUACAGCACUGCAGAAGUCAAUUCCAUUUCAAGCCCACACUUGGAGCCAAGCUGAACGCCACCAUCAGUGUGAUUCCAGGUGCCCAGACUGUGUGUACUGUUAGGAUAUAAUUUAUGACACCUAACAAAAAUGAUGGCAGCAAGUUUCAGAGCAGCAGAUUUUGUUCCUAUUUUUGAGACAGACAAUGUUUUUUUUGCAGCCACAUCCUGCUUCAGGCAGUUUUCCACAGGAAUUAAGCAAUCAAUUAAUCAAUGGCCUUAACAUUUUGCAGCUUUCUGCUCCUUCCACAGCUUAUUUUGACCUUUUACUGGUGAUACAUGCCAAACAUGGCAGAAUUCAGAGCACAAGGAGUGCCUGGAUCACUUCCACGAUGGAUUUACCACAGUUCCAUCAGUGGGGAGUUGCAGUAGGCUGGGUGGCUCUGGGCUGUUUUGGACAGUUUCAUUUGCUUCUGAACUGUGAUACACUGCUCAGACCUUUCACAUUCAGGUUAAUAAACCAAGUCUUUCCUAAAGGCUGGAAAGGAAUUGAGUUUUAGUUUUUAGCAUUACAGUUUUACUUUCACAGUACAUGGUCGUUCCUGAACUCCUCUUCACAGUUCAGUUAUUUAAGUGUUUGUCUCCAUUUCCCACCCUGUUCUGGAAUUAAACCCACCAGUUGCUCGUGCUGAGGAGCAGUGACUGAUGCUGACUGUUUCCUCAUGGAGAUGGCAAUGGCUGCACUCCAAAUAAAGUCUUUAUUUCAGUG